AUGAUCACCAAUACAAAUCGUCCAGCUGAUAUACUUGAAAGUACAUGUGAAUGCGUCGCAGGAAAUGGACUACGAGUUGCAUGUAAACAUUUAGCUGCACUUAGUUUUGCAUUAUUCGACUAUGAUCAAAAUAAACUAUACGAGGCAUGCACACAGAGAUUACACCAAUGGUAUCAACCAACGCGAAAAUCAUCGAAUCGCGUGCCACUAUUGAAUAUAAGAUUUACACGUCUCCACCACAACAGAAGCGAAGAAAAAAAUUUAAAAUAUUCUAAAUUUUUGGCAAAUUACACUUAUGUACCGAAAGCAUCAACAACUUUAAAUCAACUACUCAUUAAGUAUGAUCAACAAUCAAGUGCUGCUGCCUUUUUUCUAUUACCAGGUGAAGACAAAAAUUCUUUUAUUAGUCUUCCUGCUCGUAUUAUUGUUGCUGUUCCAAAUUCACUGAACUUUAUUCUAAAUUCAUUAAUGUUAAAAUAUUAUAAAGAUCAUGUUUAUCUUUCAUCCAUUUAA